UAGCAUGCAUCUUUAAAAAAGUUACCUUGAUACCAGUGAAGAACUCUUUAUAUAGGGACAUGACCAGAAAGGUUGGCUUCUGUCCUUGCUACCUUGGUAUCUGAGGUGCAUCUUUGUUGGCAGUGAAUGUAAACCUUUUAACUCAGUGUCGAGCACCGUAAUGAUCUUCACCAAUGUCUUGGAGGAUGACUUGGUUCGUGCUUCAAGGAUCUUUCUGUGCUCACUUACCAAGAGUUUAGUUUAAUAUCUUUAUUAUGCACCCCAUACCCAUCCUGUAGACGGUAGUCAAAAGAUUACAGAUCUACAUAAUGAGUCCAGGGACUGGGAGAGCCCACUGUCUUCACUGUGGAGCUUCAUGCAGUUCUCACUAUUGUCCUGUUAGCUGCCUUACUUCUCCAUUUACUGUGUAUUUUGUCUACAAGGAUGUGCCAUUCUGUGGUGCCCGGCUAAGUUGGUGUUCUGGGAAAUGAACGUCCGGAUGCAGAGACAGAGGCUGCCAUGGACAGCCCACUCUACAGAAGACUUUUGCCAUACAGCGACUUCAUGUGCCAUAUUCACAGAUAUGUACUUGGGAAGUGGCAGGCCCAGUGGGCCCUGCAGACUGGGAAUAUGUUAUACAUGGUAUGGCAGGAUAAGGGUGUUUGUCCCAACUCCUUAAACAGAAAUUGUCUCUGUGAGGAGUUUCUCUGUUGAUUGAAGAUCAGGCACACACACCUCACCCAUAGCCACCUGUGUACAGGUGUUCCACCACCCCUCUUGGAUUGCUUGUGAUAUGCCGCUUAGUCCUUUCCACACUCAUCAGGGUUUUAGUAUUCCCAGGGUGCCUGUAUGGACGUUGGGGAACUUUUAAAAGAGUGUCUGUUUAAACUUAGUAUGAUUGUAUUUAUUUUGUCGACUGUUCAUUGCUUUUAUUGUUUUUUAAUUUUAUCCAUAUUUUUAUGAUGUUAUUCCCAGUUUGAUUGAUUUCUGUUGCAUCUUUUAGCAAGGCUUUAAAUAAUAAGAUAUUACAGGGACCCCAAUGGAAAUAAGUCACUGUCUUACUUUAUUGGGUUAUCCUGCAGUGCUUUAUGACCCUAAAGGGGUUUAAUGCUUAUAAUAUUAAUAAUUGGGUUAUCCUAGGUAAUUUACACAUAUAUUACUAUGUAUGAUAUUAUAAUCACCUAAAUUUAUAUGACUGUGUACCAGUACCUAAAUAAACUUAUUGUAUAUUCUUUUUGGCUGUGAGCACUGAGGGAUCUAUGCAGUCAAGAGUGCUCCUUAACUGUCACAGCUACUACUACUACUACUACUACUACUAUUCGAAAUCUUUGGUUCCUCAGAAGAAAUUUCUUUGAUUUUAUGAGAGUUCACGUCAGCCAUGCCGCUCGCUGCCCAUGGUAAAAACUGUAGAGGAGAACUGGGAUGAGGAUGAGGGAGAUAACUCUCAACAACAGCAACAAAUUAAGAAUGCUUCCUCAGAAUACGAAGAUAUAUUCGAUGACUAUGACUAUGGAGAUUCUGAUUAUGAUGAUGAUGCAUACUGUAUUGAUGAAUAUAGCAAAGAUCUAACAAAGCAGUAUCAUCAGAAUAACCAAAUUGGACCCAACCACUCAAGUAAUCAGUCGCAAAAGAUUGAAAAAUUUCAACCAUCAGAAAAAUUAUUCAAGAAAUAUGCAGGAAAGAUUUGCCUUGAGAAGUUUGAAGGUCUUACAGGUUUUGGUGGUAAUGUGACAAACCGCAUGGUAGAGACACAGAGGCGGGCUGAUAAUGAAAGACAAAGAGUGCGUGAUAAAUCAGAGAGGGCAACAGUGGAACAGGUGUUAGAUCCAAGAACUCGGAUGAUUCUUUUCAAAUUUCUCAACAAGGGAACCAUCACUGAGAUAAAUGGAUGCAUUUCUACUGGCAAAGAAGCAAAUGUUUACCAUGCUUUGGGCAGUGAUAACCAAGAUUAUGCUGUCAAAAUAUACAAGACAUCCAUCCUCACUUUCAAGGAUCGUGAUAGAUAUGUUUCUGGAGAUCACAGAUUUCGUCAUGGGUACGGAAAGCACAACCCUAGAAAAAUGGUCCGCACAUGGGCAGAGAAAGAGACGAGCAAUUUGUUUCGUAUGUAUAACUGUGGCCUCCCUGUUCCACGUCCUGUGGUUCUGCGCUCCCACGUGCUUGUUAUGGAGUUUUUGGGAACAGAUUCGAUGGCGUCUCCUAGGUUGAAGGAUGCUGAGAUUUCCGAAUCUAAGGCUCGAGAAUUGUAUUAUGACCUGGUGAUUCAAAUGUGGAUCAUGUACCGUGAAUGUCGUCUGGUUCAUGCUGAUCUUAGUGAAUUCAAUCUCCUUUAUCACCAGGGUCGGCCAUUUAUUAUUGAUGUAUCCCAGUCUGUGACCCCAGAUCAUCCCCAUUCAUUGGAUUUCUUACGAAAGGAUUGCACGAACGUUACAGAAUAUUUCCGCAAAAAAGGAGUCCCAACCAUGACGGUUCAAGAAUUAUUCACCUUUAUUGUGGAUCAGACAGUUACCUUCCAAAACCGUGAUGAAUACCUAGAAAAAAUGAAGAGCCUGGCUUCUUCUCGACCAGUUGGACAAAUGACUGAUCAGGAAAAAGUUGACGAGGAGGUGUUUAAGAAUGUUUUCAUUCCCAAAACUCUAGACCAGGUCAUUGACUUUGAGCGUGAUUUUGAGCAGCUAAAAUUAGGCGAAAAAACAGUUAAGGACAUUCCCUAUCGUAAUGUCUUAGGGUUCAAUAAGGAUCUUACAGGAGUAGAAGUACUAUCUGAUCUACUGCCAAAAGAAGCAUCAGAUUCUGAGGGAGAAGAAAUUGAAGAGGAAUCUAGAGAUGAUGCAGACUUGGAGAAAGGUGCUCGUAUCACAACUGGACGACGAAGGGGAGAAUCUCCAUCAUCAAAAAAAGAACGAAAAAAAGCAGUGAAAGAUGCUCAAGCAGAAAAAAGAAAAAUAAAGGUGAAAAAGCACAUAAAGAAAAGAGCUGAAAAAGAUAAGAGAAAUAAACAUUAAUGUUUUAAAAAAAUUAAAAAAAAAAAAAAGUAUGCUUUAACCCUUAAAUGGUCCAAACGUAUAUACUAUACGUUUUUUCAACAUCUGAAAGUAUGUAAAAAAAUGUAGAUCUUUUUUGUUUUACAUUUGAAAACGUGUAAAAAAAACUUUUAUCUACAUUUUUUUUUUUUUUUUUUUUUUUGUUAUAUUUGAAAAUAUGUAAAAAAAAGUAGAUCUACUUUUGUAGCACUACGAAUUUGAACGUCGAUUUGUUUGGACCGUUUAAGGGUUAAAGAGUGAAUAUAUGUAUUUUUUUAAUUCUGCAGUCCACGGACAGCAACACCUGGCAUUUACCACAAAGCUUGACCUCAGGCCAGGCUGCUGAGGCUGAAGAGCUCUCAAAAUUUCUCGCAAAUUUUCACAGGUAUAGAAGAAGUAAAUUUGAAUGUGAAGAACAGUAAUAUACCUGGAAUGAUAAAAAACUCAUUGACCUAGUGAGGUACUGAAGAUUGCAAAUGAAAGAGUAAUUGUGUUGUACAUAGAGAUUUUAAGUAAGUGCCUACUUAAAUGUUUACCAAAUAAUUGUUCUAUUUUCAAAUAAUAUACAACAAUGAAAAUUAUGUAAAAAGAAAGAGAAUAUUUCAUUACUGUAAAUUAAAAGUACACAUAAGUUC